UAAUGUUGAUGAUGAUGAUGAUGAUGUUGUUGUUGUUGUUGCUGCUGCUCAUGUUGUCAGAGCAGCUGUUGCAGCAGCACCACCAUCAUAGCACCAUCAUCCGCACGUCCGCAUUGCAUUGGUGUGGUGCACCGGCGACGAGAAGGCGUUGGGGUCACCUUCCAUGCAGCCUUCUCGAAGAAGCGUUGAAGCCGUCUCAUUCGAGGCAUCUUGAGCCGAGUGCUCCGGCCCCCUGCCAGCCAAACUGUCUUUCUUGUACGAGGCGAACAACCCCCGACCGCCUCCUGGCUUGCGCCGGUCGAGACGAGGUGUUUGAAGGCGGCCAGCCAGCAUUCGUUCCAUCAGUUAAUCAAUCAAUCAGUCAAGGUGAGGCUGCGACCUUGUGGAUUCGUGGUGGAAGAUGCCGGCACUCUGUUCGUUUCAGUGCACACCUACCUUGAGCGCGCUCGGUCGGAAAUAAGACCCUGGCACGCCACAGCCGCUUUUCACCUGCGUUUUGGGCCUUGAUCGGUGUCGGUCGGCCACCACUCGCUCGAUGCCAUCAUGAGCGAACCAACGAGCGGAUGCAUGGCCGGAUGGAAC